AUGGGUGUCCAGGACCAUUCCCCCGCCAAUGCCCGCCCUAAUGAGCAAGAUCUGGCCAUUAGUGCCGCUGCCCCGGUCGUGCGAGACGAAAGCAAGCCCACCGAGGCGGCCGUUGCUCUCGAGACCCGCUCCAGCACCUCGGACAGCCAGGACAUGGGCGAUGCCGAGAAGCUGCAAGAUCGGCAAAAGGGCAUUGACAAUCUGGAGAAGGGUGUCCCGCCGCCCUACACGACUUCUGACACUGCCGCUGGCGAGGUGAAUCCCUUUGGCCAUGAGGAUGAGCAUGCCGAGAUCAAGUACCAGACCAUGGAGUGGUGGCAUGCGGGCUUGCUCAUGGUCGCUGAGAACAUCUCCUUGGGCGUCCUCUCGCUGCCUCAGGCCGUUGCCACUUUGGGCCUGUUCCCUGGCAUCUUCAUGAUUGUCAUGUUUGGUCUUAUAUCCAGCUACAGCGCCUUCGUCAUCGGCCAAUUCUACCUGAAAUACCCGGGCUGCCACACCUUCGCCGAUGCCGCCUUCAUGAUCGCCGGCCCCAUUGCCCGCGAGAUCAUGGGUGUUGCCCAAGUGCUCAUCCUCAUCUUCAUCCAGGCCGCACAUCUUCUCACCUUCACCGUCGCGCUCAACGUCCUGUCGAACCACGGCACGUGCACCAUCGCCUUCGGCAUCGUCGGCUUCGGCAUCUGCUUCAUCCUCUCGCUCAAGCGCCAGCUCGAGAAGGUGUCGUACCUCUCGGUGCUCUCGUGCAUCUCCAUCUUGAUCUGCGUGACGCUGGCCAUGAUCGGCAUCGGCAUCACUAAGCCCGAGGUCGGCGCCGUCGUGGCCAUCAACCGGGCGACGGACGUCAAGUCCGGCAUCCUCGCCUUCCUCAACAUCAUCCUCGCGUACGCGGGCCACGUCGCCUUCUUCACCUUCUGCAGCGAGCUCAAGAACCCGCGCGACUUCCCCAAGUCGGUGGCCUUCAUGCACAUCACGGCCACGUCCUUCUACGUCGUCGUCGGCAUCGUCAUCUACUACUACGCCGGCGUGGACGUCAAGUCGCCCGCCCUCGGCUCCGCGUCGCCCGUCGUCGCAAAGGUCGCGUACGGCCUCGCGCUGCCGACCAUCAUCAUCGCGGGCGUCGUGUGCGGGCACGUCGCGUGCAAGUACGUGUGGGUGCGCUGCUGGCGCAAGCAGCCGCACCGCCUGCACCACAAGCGCGGGUGGCCGCUCGUCACGUGGAUCGCCAUCGUCGGCGUCUCGUGGUUCGUCGCGUGGAUCAUCGCCGAGGCCAUCCCGUCCUUCUCGCUGCUGCUCGGCCUGAUCUCGGCCCUCUUCUGCUCGUGGUUCAGCUUCGGCUUCAGCGGCGGCCUGUGGCUGUGGAUGAACAGGGGCCGCUACACGGAGAACUGGAAGAAGUGCGUCCUCACCGUGGUCAAUGUGUACAUGCUGUGCCAGGGCGCCGUGAUUUGCGGCUUGGGGCUGUGGGCGAGCGGUUCGGCCUUGUCCGAGGGGCAGGGCGGUGCGGCGUUCAGCUGUGCGGAUAACUCGUAG